GUGCAAACCACAGGCACGCGCACGCACGCACACACAUCCACAACUUGCGCGCACAGCAAGCAGCAACAUGUUCGAGGAGCAGGCAACCAAGGUCAAGAUCACGUCUGUGGUGAUCUUGGUGGGCAUGUCCUCUAUGCUGGCGGCGGUGGUGACCGACCACUGGGCCGUGCUCAGCCCCCGGGUGGAGAAGCUCAACGCUACCUGCGAGGCGGCCCACUUUGGCCUCUGGAGGCUCUGCAAGAAGAGCAUCUUCAUUGUCGAGGAGGACCCUCAGGGCAAAGGCUGCGGCCCCAUCAGCUUACCUGGAGCAAAGAACUGUUCCUACUUCAAACACUUUACCUCGGGGGAAGAAGCUGAGGUUUUUGAAGUCAAGACCCAGAAAGAGUACAAUAUUUCAGCAGCAGCCAUCGCCAUCUUCAGUCUGUUCUUCAUGAUCCUGGGCACCCUCUGUGUCAUCUUCUCUUUCGGGAAAGGGCGGGACUACCUGCUCCGGCCUGCUGGGAUGUUCUUCGCCUUUGCAGGCCUUUGCAUCAUCAUUUGUGUCGAGGUAAUGCGCCAGUCUGUCAAGCGUAUGAUUGACAGUGAUGAGACCAUCUGGAUUGAAUACUACUACUCCUGGUCUUUUACCUGUGCCUGCGCCUCCUUCACCCUGCUCAUCCUCAGUGGAGUUGCCCUGCUCCUCAUCUCCAUGCCCCACAUGCCACGUAACCCCUGGGAGACCUGCAUGGACGCUGAGCCUGACACCUUAGAUUAGCCAGACACACGUUUAAAGGCCUGGUUAAAAUGGCAUGAAAAUACGAGUGGUUUUGCAUCUUUUAGCCCUUUAAUUACUGCAAGCCAUUUUCAAAAGCAUUAAAGUUUUUAGCUUCAUUUUCCACCUUUCUUGGCUAUUGAUUUCAGGUCAUGUUAGUAAAAUAUUAAAAUCAACUUAUGAUAGAUAACCAGCCAGAGCAGUGAUGUUCACAUCUUCAAAGCAGUUGGAAGC